CAAUCGGAACUUGCUGUGAAUCGGUCGCUAUCGCACCUCUCGGUUUAAGGCGUUCUACAGAGAGUGAGGGUCUCAAAAACAAUGCUAGCAAGCUGGACAUGAGUGUGGAUAAUACCCAAUCAUAGCGAAUUUCGCCUCAAAGUGAUAGUAGUGGCUGUAGAAUGAGUUCGCCUCGCCCUUAUCUAACUAACUAAGAUCUAAUCGCAAUCGGUGGCAGAUAAAGCCUGAUAAAGUUUAAAACACAGCGGUGAAGAACUUUAAAGAAAACAAAACUCGCUUUGUGCAAUAUUUGCUGAAGGAACACGGGUAACCAAGUUGAUUAUUUCACAAAUUGGUUUAUGCAAAUUCUGUUUGCUCUGGCAGUUCCCAUCUGUCUGCCUUAUGUGAUAUAAAGUUCAAAGUGCCAUCGGCAAGUGGAACUACACAACUACAUGACAAUUAGACAAGCGACGGGAGCAAGCAACUGCAAAACCAGCAACAAAAUGACAAACUGCCAAAGUUCAGUGUUCAUAGUCGUAGGCACCCUGUUUUCCAUCCUGGCAGCGGCUCAAACGGCACCCGUUUCCACCACCACACAGGCAGAGAUUUACCUGUCCCAGUUUGGCUAUCUACCCGCCUCAGCCCGCAAUCCUGCCAGCAGUGGGCUCCAUGACCAGCAGACCUGGGUCAGCGCCAUCGAGGAGUUCCAGAGCUUUGCGGGACUGAAUAUCACCGGUGAGCUGGAUGCGGAGACCAUGAAACUGAUGUCCCUGCCACGUUGUGGAGUGCGGGAUCGCGUGGGCACCGGCGACAGUCGCUCCAAGAGAUAUGCUCUCCAGGGCAGUCGCUGGCGUGUGAAGAACCUCACCUACAAGAUCUCCAAGUACCCCAAGCGACUGAAGCGCGUGGAUGUGGAUGCGGAGAUCGGACGCGCCUUUGCCGUGUGGUCCGAGGACACCGAUCUGACCUUCACCAGGAAGACCUCCGGCCCCGUGCACAUCGAGAUCAAGUUCGUGGAGAGCGAGCAUGGUGAUGGCGAUGCCUUCGAUGGUCAGGGUGGCACCUUGGCCCAUGCCUUCUUCCCUGUCUUCGGAGGAGAUGCCCACUUCGAUGAUGCGGAACUGUGGACCAUUGGCUCGCCGCGUGGCACCAAUCUCUUCCAGGUGGCCGCCCAUGAAUUUGGUCAUUCCCUAGGUCUGUCCCACUCCGAUCAGAGCUCAGCUUUAAUGGCUCCCUUCUACCGUGGCUUCGAACCCGUCUUUAAGCUGGACGAGGACGACAAGUCGGCCAUCCAGUCGCUUUAUGGCAGGAAGACCAACCAGCUGAGACCCACCAACAACUACCCGCCCACCACUCAGCGGCCAUUCACACCGCCCAAGGUCCCACUGGACGACUCCAUCUGCAAGGACUCCAAGGUGGACACUCUCUUCAAUUCGGCGCAGGGCGAGACAUUCGCCUUCAAGGGCGACAAGUUCUACAAGCUGACCACCGAUUCCGUGGAGGAGGGCUACCCGCAGCUCAUCUCGAAGGGCUGGCCAGGAUUGCCGAGCAACAUCGAUGCAGCUUUCACGUAUAAGAACGGCAAGACGUACUUCUUCAAGGGAACCCAGUACUGGCGUUACCAGGGUCGCCAGAUGGACGGCGUCUACCCCAAGGAGAUCAGCGAGGGCUUCACGGGCAUUCCCGAUCAUCUGGAUGCGGCGAUGGUCUGGGGAGGCAAUGGCAAGAUCUACUUCUUCAAGGGCAGCAAAUUCUGGCGAUUCGAUCCGGCCAAAAGGCCACCAGUGAAGUCCAGCUAUCCCAAGCCGAUCUCCAACUGGGAGGGUGUACCCAAUAACCUGGAUGCUGCGCUCAAGUACACCAAUGGAUACACGUACUUCUUCAAGGGCGACAAGUACUACCGAUUCCACGAUGCCCGAUUUGCUGUUGACUCGGCCACGCCCCCCUUCCCCAGACCCACCGCCCACUGGUGGUUCGGCUGCAAGAACACGCCCUCGUCCACAGGUAAUAUCGUCGAGGGUUCCGACAACGAGUUCCAACAGCACUCCAUGAUCUCGCAUGCCGACGAUGGUAAUGGUGAUGAUUUCGACGCAGCCGUGGGCGAUCAUCAGCCCAACGAAGAGCCGAUCGCACCGGAAGUGGCGGAGCGAACCGGAAAUGGAGCCUUGUCGCAAACGAAAAUGUCGAGCACCAGCGCCGUUAGCACUGUGAUUACCACCAUCCUGAUGUGCCUCGUCUCCAAGCUCAUCGUUAGCUAAAAGAGCCUCUGAUCCCAGCAACCUAUAGGCAAUGCAUUUUGAGAACCUUAGGAACAAAGCUAGCAACUCGAGUAAAGUUUACAAAAUUUUACCGCACGUUGGUCACCAAUAGUGCUUGAAAUUCAAAUGCGUAACCAUCAUAUCGAAUACGAUGAGAGGAAAUCCAAAUAAACAAAUAAUGAAAAAUACAAAUUGAAAUCGAACAGAAUAUCAAUUGUAAAUUGAGCGAUCAGCAUGUGAAACAGGUGCCUUAUCAAAUACUUUUGUUGUUGUGUAAAUAAAAUCAGCCUUAAAUAUAAUGAAAUAGUUUAUAACAUUCCGCAUUCUAACGACAAACCGAUCAGAAGUCAUAUCAUAGCACAAGUUAUUUAUGUAGUCAACUGUUUUGGUAAUGACAAAUUGCGAUAUUAAAUUUAACGAGCCAUAUGCAAUGAAUUGGAGAGAACCAAACAAAAAUUAAAUACUGAACAUUGAACGUACUUUAGUUUAGAUAUAAUUGUUAAUGUGUGCACAUGGGACAUGGACUUCCGAGAGUUCCUCCAGCUGUGCAACGAUUUCGCAACCGUAAGAGUUUUAAGUUUUACGAAACGAUACGCGACUUGACCAUAUAUAAACUAAUAUGAAAAUCAUCAUCGAGUACAUAUGAUUAUUGUAUAAGUGAUAUUUAAGACAGUCCCUUAAGCGAUAUUUGUUCGGGUUUAAUAUUUAAAACCGAAAUAUUAUUUAACUUACGUAUUAUUAUGUGUAAUUUUAUUUUAUAUACCAUAAAUGUACGCUGAAAUGAGAGAAACUGAACAAAAAACGAAAAGAUAACAAAU